AUGGAGUCCCGCCCCGCGACCACGGAGCUGUCUAACAAACGGCCUCGGUCUCCCACGACCGACCAGCAGCCACAAUCCAAGGUGGCCAAAACCCAUUCCAAUCACCUCCAAAUAAAUUACCUCGCGCGACAAUGCCCCGAAAACCUUCCACUCGUUUCCUCCGAAGACAACAUGCCCUCGAUCAUUCACCUGAUCGGAGAAUAUGAUGGAGUGCUUCAACGCCAUGAGAGCAUCGCCGGUAACUUGGGCGCAUGUCCUCUGGGUCCCAUUUUGAUCAAGCGCUUUGAACGCUUGUUCGAUGGGCCUCCGCGCGUGAUCAAGGCGCAUGAAAAGGAUGAAUCAACGGUGACUUGGUUGGAUGUUGUCGAGUUCGCCAAAAGCAACCCUGACCAGUUCAAUCUGGAGAAAGCUCGCAACGGUGCGCGCAUCUGCCAGUUCUACACCAAGCAGUGUCGCGUGGAGAUCAGCGAGGAAGACCAUUUGUUGAUCGCAUCGGGCAUGCCCCAGAGGAUGAUCCCCCCACAGCCGAUCAUCGAGGAUGAAGAGAAGGAGUUGGGCGCACUGGAAAUCCUAGAAAAGAACCUCCAGCAAAUCACUCAGACCGCAGAUCAAACGUCUGCCCGAGCACGUCAGCUUAGUUACCGUCUGAGAAACCGCCGCACCGCGAUAAUGAGCCGCCGCCAGAACGAUGCGACUCUGCAGUCUCGUCCUGGAGAGACACGGCGCGAAUCCAACGGUCUUCCGUCCCAUGCUUCCCCGUUAAGCGGCUUUGUUGCUGUCAAUGCGGCUCGAGCUGAGGCCGAGGCCGCCGAAGACAAUCCGCUUUCAGCACAAUUCGCUUUCUCACACCCCAAUACUGAUAAUGUCACAAUCAUAAAUGGAACCUCGAUCAAAGGCGCAUCACCGACUACUCGCGCUGAGUUGAUGAAGAAGUUCUUUACUACCGCCGAUCGUCAGGCACGAGGCUACGAUGACGCUACAACACCUAUCGUCAAUCCUUUAUCUCGGCCUCGACCUCAGGCGCCAGAGGAUCCGGCGAACUUCAACAACACUGUUUACAGUAGCAGUGCCUCCAGCCCGGCGGUGCCUAUCCCCAGCACCCCAUCCUCCCUGUUACCCCCGCCCAAGUCCACCCCUCAGGACAAAGACGAUGGCGGACCGUACAAACUAGAGAUGGUAGCCCGUAUGGAGGAGAUGGUCCGCGGCGAGCGGAUAACGCCACCGUGUGAUCGAUGUCGUCGACUCCACAUGGACUGCCUGAAGAACUUGACCGCUUGCGUAGGCUGCACAAAGAAGCAUGCCAAGUGCUCUUGGCGAGACGUGAAGGAGGUGGAGAUUCGCGCAGCCUGGGCUCCAUCCGCCACCGCACGAGAAGCCAUGGAGGUAGACAUGAACCGCACCUACGCUUUCCCUCCACAGCGCCCUUCUCCCAGCUCCCGGGCCUCUGCUGAGCGUCCCACGGGUCCAUAUGACACCGCCUACGCUCACCAUCACCGCCGUGAAUCAGCGCCAAGUGCCCCUCAAAUGGUACCAGCCGCGGGUGGUGUUCCAAUGAACCUUCCGUCUUCCGAAAACUCCCCCCGCAGAGCCGUGAGUGAGACCGAGAGUAACGGUCGGCCGCACCAUGGGCCCGCGCCUCGACAUGCUGAGGAAGAGGAUCCAGAUGCGAAUCAGCGAUUGGUGCAGGCGAUUAUGGAUACCGUCGAUCACCAUACCCGUGUCGCAGCCGCUGUGGAGGAGAAGGAAAGGGGUGCUGAGCGUUAUUCGGAUCGUGGGGAUGCUCCUCAUGACCGCGAUAUGGAUCGGGACCGAAAUCAGGACCAAGAACGGGAUCGGGAUCGGGAUCGGGAUCGGGACCAGGACCGGGACCGAGAAAGACGGAUCUUGCAGACUUGA